AUGGCCCUAGUGGUCAGUGGACCCCCACCUCCUUUGCUUGGACCCACAGUGGCAUCACAGGAGAAGGGAGGCCUGGCUCCUACUCAGGGGCAAAGCUUGUCCUGGGCCCUGGCCCUGGCCCUGGCCCUGGCCCUGCCCUGCACCUGCAAACCCUGGCUUGGCCUGAGCCUCCCUAGCACCCCACCCCCAGAUGCCCUCCCUGGGUACAGGGAGGUCCGAGGGUUCGUGGCACUGGACCCUGAAGCGCAGAAAGAGCAGGCCUCCAGCCUCAAGCCCUCAGCCCUGCCCCACUGCCCCUCCCUCCAGAUGCCGAGCACCUGCCCUCCCACUGAGCCCAAAGCAAGCGUCCAGCAAGGGAAGGCCCCAGACUGUGAGGCUGAGUGCCAGGUGUCCGAGGUGUGGCCAGGAAUCCCCCCACCCUCGGACAGAAAGUGUGAAGGUCUUGUGACAGCCAGCUGGAGCCCAGCGCUCUCCUCCAGAAGUUCCAGGGUGGGGCAAGGCUGGGCGUACGUGUGUGCCCAAGUGCGCAUGUGUCCCAUGUGGGCCUCACGCUCUGGGCCCGAGGGCAGCGUGCCCAGUCGCCCUGGGGGUCUGGUUGAGGGGAGGCAGAGGAGCCCAGAGCUUCACACACAGGUGGCACCUCCCCAGCCAUAUGGUGCUCUGGUCACCCGCUGGGGAGCCUCCAUGUCUUCACCUCCAGAUCUUGAGGGCCAGGACAUUGUCUUGGUGCAUGGCCUAGGCGGCUGGAGGCCAGGCGUGUCUUCUGGGUUCUCAGGGGGUGUGGCAGUGUCUGGCCGGCAGCUGCAGCCAGAGGAACCAGAUGCAGAAACUGAAGAGGACCACUCUGUGACUGAAGGGCCUGUGGACGAGGUCAUUCGGCCACAGCCACAGGGAUCCUCACCUGUCUAUGAAUGUGCAGCUGAGGGUGCCGGCUUUGGACUCCGGGAAGACACCCCGGGCAGGCAAGGCUCUUCAGGGAGACGGAGAUCUUGGUGGAAGCGGGACUCAGGAGACUCCCGAACUUUCUCCAGGAUGAGUCGUCCAGAGUCCGUGCAGGGGGUGACAGAAGUGACACUGAAGACCGAGGUGGAGGUUGGAGCCAGCGGCUACAGUGUCACUGGUGGUGGGGACCAGGGGAUCUUCGUCAAGCAAGUGCUGAAGGAGUCCUCGGCUGCCAAGCUCUUCAGUUUGAGAGAAGGGGACCAGCUACUCAGUACGACCAUAUUCUUUGACAACAUCAAAUAUGAAGAUGCUCUCAAAAUCCUUCAGUACUCAGAGCCAUACAAGGUGCAGUUCAGAAUCAAACGGAAACUUCCAGACAGAGAGGAUGAGGAGGGGGCCCACAGUGGUGCUCAGCACGGCCCAAAGGGACCCGAGAAGCAGGACAAGGAGGUCGCCGAUGGGUGUACAGAGAGCCCCAUAAAGACACUGGAAGGAGGUGGGGACCAAGACAGUCUCCUUCCCAAGGCCAGGGAGGGACGCGGUCGGCGACCCCAGAAGGAGAGGCUCUCCUGGCCAAAAUUCCAAACAAUGAGGCCCAGGUAUCGGCAGGGGCCCCGGCGGUCACACAGCUCCUCGGAGGCCUACGAGCGGGGUGCCCCUGACGUGUCCCCCACGAGCACAGACACGGAGGCCCAGCUUCCAGGGGAGGAGCAGGAGUUGCAGGGUGGCCGGCGCACAAGGAAGUUCCUGAGCCUGCGGUUCCGGACGGGCUCGGGGCGCCCAGGCAAAGGGGCCCAGGGGGAGCCAGUUCCAGGAGUCCUAGAGGAGGCAGAAACCCUGGACACAGGGGUCUCGCUGAGCACGGAGCCCAGCGGCUUUGGGGAGCGACUGCCAGAAGAGGUGUCAGGCCCUGAGGCCAGACUCAGAAAGAAGACCAAGGAGGACAGGGCCCAAGAGGAAGCAGAUGGGCAGAUGGGCCCCAGGGGUGGCCCUGCCCCCGAGCAGGCCUUGGAGGGAAAUGGGGAUGCAGUGCGGGGGCUAGAAGUCGGGAUCGCUAAACUGUGUUUGCAAGAUGCCACUGUGGCCAGUGGCACACAGAGCAGCCCACCAGAAAUCCGGGUCCGCAUCCCCCAUUUGCAGACACCCCAUUUUGGGGUCUCCAAACAAAAAGUGCUGGAUGCAGAAACAGGCAUCUCUGAACCCCAGCUGGGGCCACGGCCAGGAAGGCUCUCCAGAGAGGGGCCUGGGCCCAGGGUGGAAGUGGAGGGGGAAGAAGAGAGCCUGGGGGCCAGAACACCCCAGGAGGGCUUGCCAGAACACGGGGAUCAGAGAAGACAGGGGCAGAGAGCAGAGCAGGCUGAAGGAAUAGUCGGGGCCGAAGAAAAAGAUGUGGAGGGCAUCGAGGGAAAGCUAAAAAUGCCCAAGUUCAAAAUGCCCUCAUUUGGAUGGUCACCCAGCAAGGAACCAAAAACACCUGGGGCAAAACAUCCACAAGAAACUAGAGGCAGCCAGGUCACAGCUGGGACAGAAAGGCCACAAGAGAAAGCCAGUAGACUGGAAACAGAACACAAACAUGACGACAAACAACGAAGAACAUCCAUAAAACUACCAGGAGGCAGAGCAGAUGGUGUGAGCCUGGAAGGUGAUGUGUCCCUGGCAGACAAGGAUGUGGUCGUCAAAGACAGCAAGUUCAAGAUGCCCAAGUUCAAGAUGCCGUCCUUCGGGGUGUCAGCCCCCAGCAGAGAAGUGGCAUCCUCUGUGGAUGUGUCCUUGCCCAAGGUUGAUGUGGAAGCAUCCCUGCCCUCCCUGGAGGGAAACAUCCAAGCUGUGGAAGUGAAGGCACAGCUGCCAGCAAGGAAAGUGGACACAAGUAGAGAGGCCAUCAGCAUGAAAAUGACAGAGGGAGAGGUGUCAGUGGGAGACGCCAGGGUCCAAGACGAGGGAGCUGAGCUAAAAGGGAACAUGCCUAUGGUCCAGAUUCCAGGAACCAAGAUGCCAAAGGUGGACCUGAAGGGCCCCAAGAUGGACGUCAGCCUCCCUGAUGUGAACCUGUCGCUGCCCAAGGUCUCAGUGGACUCUCGGGCUCCUGGGUACUCUGGAGAAGGUGUGAAGGUGGAAGGAGAUGUCAAGACCAAGGACAGCAAGUUCAAAAUGCCCUCUUUCAAGAUGCCAUCCUUCGGCAUGUCUACUCCAAGCAAGUCUAUCCAGCCAUCAGUGGACGUGUCUCUGCCAGAGGCAAAAGUGGAUGUCUACCUUCCCUCGAUUGAGGGAGAAAUCAAGACAGCUGACCUCAGCAUUCAACUCCCAUCUACUGACAUUGAAGUGAAGGGUGCCGAGGUGGGCAUUAAGGUCCCCGAGGGCCAGCUGCCUAAGGGAGAGGUCACGGGAGAGGCCAUUGGAAGUAGUCUCAAAGGGCAUAUACCCAAGUUCCAGAUGCCCAAAAUGGGAUUCAAAACCCCUCAGGUGGACAUCAAGGGACCCAAAGUGGACCUGAAGGGUCCCAAAGUGGACUUGAAAGCCCUUAAGGGGGAGAUGGCUACCCCUGAUGUGGACGUGUCCUUGUCAAGCGUGGAGGUGGACAUCCAGGCGCCAGGCACCAAGGUGGAGGGCGACGUGCCUGGGGAUGUGUCCCUGCCAAGCAUGGAGGUGGACAUCCAGGCAAUGGGCACCAAGGUGGAGGGUGACGUGUCCAUGGGAGACAAACACUUAGUUGUGAAAGACAGCAAGUUCAAGAUGCCCAAGUUCAAGAUGCCAUCCUUUGGCAUGUCUGCACCAAGCAAGUCAAUUGAGGCAUCAGUGGACAUAUCUCUGCAGGAAACACAGGUGGACCUGUCCCUCCCCUCCCCUAAGGAAGAAGUCAAGACUGGUGACCUCAGCAUUCAGCUCCCAUCUGCUGACAUGGAAGUGAAGGAUGGUGAAGUGGGCAUUAAGCUCCCUGAAGGACAGUUGCGUGAAGGCCAGCUGCCCCAGGGAGAGCUCUCAGGAAAGGCUGUGGGAGACGGACUCAAAGGGCACCUGCCUAAGUUCCAGAUACCCAGGGUCAAGAUGCCCAAAGUGGACUUCAAGGCCCCUCAGGGGGACACCAAGGUCCCCAAAAUGGAUCUGAAGGGUCCCAAAUUGGACAUAAAAGAUUUCAAGGGGGAGGUGGAAAAUGCAGACAUGGAGGUGGCUCUGCCAAGUGUGGAGGUGGACAUCCAGGUCCCAGGUGCCAAGGUGGAGAGUGACGUGUCCCUGGGAGACAAAGACUUGGCCACCAAAGACAGCAAGUUCAAGAUGCCCAAGUUCAAGAUGCCAUCCUUUGGGGCAUCAGCUCCAAGGAAGGACUUGGGGACCUCUGUGGACUUGCCAGGGACCAAAGUGGGUGUGGAGUCAGCCCUGCCCUGCCUGGGAGUAGAGACUGCAUCCGCUGCGGGGAGCAUCCCAAUGCCAUCUUCUGACAUCAGUCUACCAAGGGCUGAGCUGGACGUGUCCCUUCCAGAGGUAGAGGUGGCUGCUGGAGACCUGAAAGGCAAUACUGAAGGGGUAAGGAUCAAAGGGCACCUGCCCAAGGUCCAGACGCCAGACAUCAAGGUGCCCAAGGUGGAACUGAGGGACAUCACCCUCCCCGAAGUGGAUGUUUUGCUGCCCAAGGUUGAGGUGGAUGCCCUGGCUCCCGGGAUCUCCAUGGAGGGCAUGAAGGUUGAACGAGACAUCAAGAUGGAAGACAAGGAUGUCAAGAACAAAGACGGCAAGUUCAAAAUGACCUCUUUCAAGAUGCCAUCCUUUGGCGUGUCUACUCCAAGCAAGUCUAUCCAGCCAUCAGUGGAAGUGUCUCUGCCAGAGGCAAAAGUGGACGUCUCCCUUCCCUCGACUGAGGGAGAAAUCAAGACUGGUGACCUCAGCAUUCAACUCCCAUCUGCCGACAUGGAAGCGAAGGGUGGCGAGGUGGGCAUUAAGUUCACUGAGGGCCAGCUGUCCAAAGGAGAGCUCACGGGAGAGGCUGUUGGAAGUGGUCUCAAAGGGCACAUGCCCAAGUUCCAGAUGCCCGGUAUCACGAUGCCCAAAGUAGACUUCAAAGCCCCUCAGGUGGAUAUCAAGGGAACCAAAGUGGACCUGAAGGGUUCCAAAGUGGACUUCAAAUCCCUUAAGCAGGAGGUGGCCACCCCUGAUGUGGACGUGUCCUUACCAAGCUUGGAGGUGGACGUCCAGAUGCCAGACACCACGGUGGAGGGCGACACGUCUGUGGGAGACAGACACUUAGUUGUGAAAGACAGCAAGUUCAAGAUGCCCAAGUUCAAGAUGCCAUCCUUUAGUGUGUCUUUACCAAGCAAGUCAAUUGAGGCAUCAGUGGACCUAUCUCUACAAGAGGCACAGGUAGAUGUGUCCCUCCCCUCUUCCAAGGGAGAAGUCAAGACUGGCGACCUCAGCAUUCAGCUCCCUUCUGCCAACAUGGAAGUGAAGGAUGGUGAAGUGGGCAUGAAGCCCCCCGAAAGACAGGUGCCUGAGGGCCAGCUGUCCCAGGGAGAGCUCACAGCACAGGGUGUGGGAGACGAACUCAAAGGGCACCUGCCCAAAUUCCAGAUACCCGGCGUCAAGAUGCCCAAAGUGGACUUCAAGGCCCCUCAGGUGGACAUCAAGGGCCCCAAAGUGGAACCGAAGGGGCCAAAAUUGGACAUGAAGGGUUUCAAGGGGGAGGUAGAAAACACAGACACGGAGGUGGCUCUGCCAACUGUGGACGUGGACAUCCAGGUGCAGCGUGCCAAGACGGAGGGUGAUGUGUCCCUGGGAAGCAAAGACUUAGCUACUAAAGAGAGCAAGUUCAAGAUGCCUAAGUUCAAGAUGCCAACCUUCAGGGUGUCAGCUCCAAGAAAGAACUUGGGAACCUCUGUGGACUUACCAGAGCCCAAAGUGGGUGUGGAGUCAUCCCUGACCUCCCUGGGAGGAGAGAUCCCACCCACUGAGGCGAGCAUCCCAGUACCAUCUGCUAAUAUCAUGCUACCAGGGGCUGAGAUGGACGUGUCCCUCCCAGAGGUGGAGGUGGCUGCUGGAGAGCUGAAAGGCAAAACUGAAGGGGCAAGGAUCAAAGGGCACCUGCCCAAGGCCCAGAUGCCUGACAUCGAGAUGCCCAAGGUGGACGGGAAGGGCCCCAAGGUGGACAUCAGCCUUCCAGAAGUGGACAUGUCGUUUCCCAAGGUUGAGGUUGAUGCCCCGGCUCCUGAGAUCUCCAUGGAGGGCAUGAAGCUGGAAGGAGAUGUCAAGAUGGAAGACGAGGAUAUCAAGGCCAAGGAUGGCAAGUUCAAACUGCCCUCUUUCAAGUUGCCAUCCUUUGGCGUGUCUGCCCAAACCAAGUCAAUGGAAGCAUCAGUGGACUUGUCUCUGCCAGAGGCAAAAGUGGACGUGUCCCUCCCCUCCUUGGAAGGAGAAGUCAAGACCAGCCACCUCAGCAUUCAAGUCCCAUCUGCAGACAAGGAAGGAAAGGGUGGCAAGGUGGGCGUGAAGCUCUCCAAGGGCCAGCUGCUUGAGGGAGACCUCGCAGGACAGGCCUUGGGAGCUGGACUCAAAAGACACCAGCCCAAGUCCCAGAUCUCUGACAUAAGGAUGCUCAAAGCGGACUUCAAAGCACCCCAUGUAGACAUCAAGGGGCCAAAAGUGGAACUAAAGGGCUACAAGAUGGACGUGAAAGGCCUCAAGGGGGAGGUGGCCACAACAGAUGUGCAGAUGUCCCUGCCUAGCAUGGAGGUGGACAACCAGACACCAGAAGAUGAUGUGACCCUGGGAGACAAAGACUUGGCCACCAAAGACAGCAAGUUCAAGAUGCCCAAAUUUAAGAUGCCAUCCUUCGGGAUGUCAGCUCCAAGCAAGGACUUGGGAACCUCCGUGGACUUGUCAGGGCUCAAAGUGGGUAUGGACUCAUCUCUGCCCUCCAUGGGAGUAGAGAUCGGACCCACUGAAGGGAGCAUCCCAGUGCCAUCUUCUGACGUUGCCCUACCAGGGGCUGAGCUGGACGUGUCCUUCCCAGAGGUGGAGGUGGUUGCUGGAGAGCCGAAGGGUAAAACUGAAGGGGCAAGGAUCAAAGGGCACCUGCCCAAGGUCCAGAUGCCAGACAUCAAGAUGCCCAAGGUGGAUCUGAAGGGCCCCAAGAUGGACAUCGACCUCCCUGAAGUGGACAUGGCACUGCCCAAGUUUGAGGUGGAUGUCCCGGCUCCCAGGAUCUCCACGGAGGGCAUGAAGGUGGAAGGAGAUGUCAACAUGGAAGUCAAGGACAUCAAGACCAAGGACAGCAAGUUCAAACUGCCCUCUUUCAAGAUGCCAUCCUUUGGUGUGUCUGUACCAGGCAAAUCCACUGAGGCCUCCGUGAACAUGUCUCUGCCUGAGGCACGGGUGGAUGUGUCCGUUCCCUCCAUUGAGGAGGAAGAAGUCAAGAUGGGUGACCUCAGCAUUCAACUCCUGUCUGCCGAUAUGGAAGUGAAGAGUGACAAGGUGGGCAUUAAGAUCCCUGAGGGCCAGCUGUCCAAAGGAGAGGCCGUUGGAAGUGGUCUCAAAGGGCACCUGCCCAAGUUCCAGAUGCCCAGUGUUACGAUGCCCAAAGCGGACUUCAAAGCCCCUCAGGUGGACAUCAAGGAACCCGUACUGGACCUGAAGUGCCCCAAAGUGGACUUGAAGGCCCUUAAGGAGGAGGUGGCCACCCCUGAUGUGGACAUGUCCCUGCCAGGCAUGGAAGUGGACAUCCAGGUACCAUGGGCCACAGUGGAGGGUGAUGUGUCCCUGGGAGACAAAGACAUAGUUGUCAAAGACAGCAAGUUCAAGAUGCCAUCCUUUGGGCUGUCGUCUCCAAGGAAAGACUUGGAAACCUCCGUGGACUUGCCAGGGCCCAGUAUGAGAGCUGAGUCAUCCUUGCCCUCCCUUGGAGUAGAGAUCACACCUGCUGAGGGGAGCAUCCCGGUGUCAUCUGCUGACAUCUUCCUACCAGGGACUAAGCUGGACGUGUCCCUCCCAGAGGUGGAGGUGGCUACUGGAGAGCUGAAAGGCAAAACUGCAGGGGCAAGGACCAAAGGGCACCUGUCCAAGGUCCAGAUGCCCGACAUCAAGAUGCCCAAGGUGGACCUGAAGUGCCCCAUGGUGGACAUCAGCCUCCCAGAAGUGGACAUGUUGCCGCCCAAGGUUGAUGUGGAUGCCCUGGCUCCCGGGAUCUCCAUGGAGGGAGUGAAAGUGGAAGGAGAUGCCAAGAUGGAAGACAAGGGUUUCAAGGCCAAGGAAAGCAAGUUCAAAAUGCCCUCCAUCAAGAUGCCAUCCUUUGGUGUGUCUGCCUCCAGCAAGUCAAUGGAACCAUCAGCGGAUGUGUCUAUGGCAGAGGCAAAAGUGGAUGUGUCCCUCCACUCCUUGGAGGGAGAAGUCAAGACCAGUGACCUUAGCAUUCAAGUCCUAUCUGCUGGCAAGGAAGGAAAGGGUGGUGAGCUGGGCAUGAAACUCCCCAAGGACCAGCUGCCAGAGAGAGACCUCUCAGGACAGUCUGUGGCAACCGGACUCAAAGGACACCAGACUAAGUUCCAGGUGCCCGACAUCAAGAUGCCCCAAGUGGACGUCAAGACCCUUCAUGUGGACAUCAAGGGCCCCAAAGCGGACCUGAAAGGCCCCAAAAUGGACAUGAAAGGCCUCAAAGGGGAGGUGGCCACAACAGAUUUGCAGAUGUCCCUGCCGAGCAUGGAGGUAGACACCCAGGCACCGGAAAAGGAUGUGUCCCUGGGAAACAAAGACUUGGCUACCAAAGAUAGCAAGAUCAAGAUGCCCAAAUUCAAGAUGCCAUCCUUCGGGGUAUCAGCUCCGAGCAAGGACUUGGGAACCUCCGUGGACUUGCCAGGGCCCAAAAUGUAUGGGGAGUCGUCUCUGCCCUGCCUGGGAGUAGAGAUUGCACCCACUGAGGGAAGCAUCCCAGUGCCAUCUUCUGACAUCAGCCUACCAAGGGCUGAGCUGGAUGUGUCUCUCCCACAGAUGGAGAUGGUUGCUGCAGAGCUGAAGGGCAAAACUGAAGGGACAAGGAUCAAAGGACACCUGCCCAAGGUGCAGAUGCCCGACAUAAAGAUGCCCAAAGUGGACCUGAAGGGCCCCAAGGUGGACGUCAGCCUCCCAGAAGUGGACGUGUUGCUGUCCAAGGUUGAGGUGGAUGCCCCAGCUCCUGGUAUUUCCAUGGAGGGAGUGACGGUGGAAGGAGGCAUCAAGAUGGAAGACAAGGACAUCAAGACCAAGGACAGCAAGCUCAAAAUGUCCUCUAUCAAGAUGCCAUCUUUUGGUGUGUCUACGCCAAGCAAGUCCACUGAGGCCUUGGUGGAUCUGUCUCUGCCAGAGGCACAGGUGGACGUGUCCCUUCCCUCGACUGAGGGAGAAAUCAAGACCGGUGACUUCAGUAUUCAACUUCCCUCUGCUGACGUGGCAGUGAAGGGUGGCAAGGUGGGUGUUAAGGUCCCUGAAGACCAGCUGUCCAAAGGAGAGCUCACGGGACAGGCUGUUGGAAGUGGUCUCAAAGGGCACAUGCCCAAAUUCCAGAUGCCCAGCGUCACCCUGCCCAAAGUGGACCUCAAAGGUCCUCAGGUGGAAGUCAAGGGCCCCAAAGUGGACCUGAAGGGCCCCAAAGAGGACUUGAAAGCCCUUAAGGGGGAGGUGGCCACCCCUGAUGUGGACAAGUCCCUGCCAAGUGUGGAGAUGGACAUCCAGGUGUCGGGUACCAAGGUGGAGGAUGAUGUGUCCCUGGGAGAGAAACACUUAGUUGUGAAGGACAGCAGGUUCAAGAUGCCAUCCUUUGGUGUGUCUUUACCAAGCAAGUCAAUUGAGGCAUCAGUGGACAUAUCUCUGCAGGAGGCACAGGUGGACCUGUCCCUCCCCUCUCCUAAGGAAGAAGUCAAGACUGGUGACCUCAGCAUUCAGCUCCCAUCUGCUGAUGUGGAAGUGAAGGAUGGUGAAGUGGGCAUGAAGCUCCCUGAAGGACAGUUGUCUGAGGGCCAGCUGCCCCAGGGAGAGCUUUCAGGACAGGCCGUGGGAGAUGGACUCAAAGGGCACCUGCCUAAGUUCCAUAUACCCAGUGUCAAGAUACCCAAAGUGGACUUCAAGGCCCCUAAGGUGGACACCAAGGGCCCCAAAGUGGACCUGAAGGGGCCCAAAUUGGACAUGAAAGGUCUCAAGGGGGAGGUGGAAAACACAGAUGUGGAGAUGGCUCCGCCAAGUGUGGAGGUGGACAUCCAGGUGCCAGGUGCCAAGAUAGAGGGUAACGUGUCCCUGGGAGACAAAGACUUGGCCACCAAAGACAGCAAGUUAAAGAUGCUCAAGUUUAAGAUGCCGUCCUUCGGGGUGUUGGCUCCAAGGAAGGACUUGGGAACUUCUGUGGACUUGUCAGGGCCCAAAAUUGGUACAGAGUCAUCCCUGCCCUCCCUGGGAGUAGAAAUCGCACCCACUGAGGGGAGUAUCCCAGUGCCAUCUGCUGAUAUUGCCCUACCAAAGGCUGAGCGGGACGCGUCCCACCCAGAGGUGGAGGUGGCUGCUGGAGAGCUGCAGGGCAUAACUGAGGGGGCAAGGAUCAAAGGGCACCUGCCCAAGGUCCAGAUGCCAGACAUCAAGAUGCCCAAGGUGGACCUGAAGGGCCCCAAGGUGGACAUCAGCCCUCCUGAAGUGGAUGUGUUGCUGCCCAAGGUUGAGGUUGAUACCCCGGCUCCCGGGAUCUCCUUGGAGGGCAAGAAGGUAGAGGAAGAGGUCAAGAUGGAAGACAAGAAUGUCAAGACCAAGGAUGGCAAAUUCAAAAUGCCCUCUUUCAAGAUGCCAUCCUUUGGUGUAUCUAGGCCAAGCAAGCCCAUUGAGGCCUCCGUGGACAUGUCUCUGCCGGAGGCACAAGUGGGCAUGUCCCUUCCCUCGACUGAGGGAGAAAUCAAGACUGGUGACCUCAGCAUUCAACUUCCAUCUGCCGAAGUGGAAGUGAAGGGUAGCGAUAUGGGCAUUAAGGUCCCAGAGGGCCAGCUGUCCAAAGGAGAGCUCACGGGAGAGGCUGUUGGAAGUGGUAUCAAAGGGCACACGCCCAAGUUCCAGAUGCCCAGGGCCACGAUGCCCAAGGUGGACUUUAAAGCCCCUCAGGUGGAUAUCAAAGAACCCAAAGUGGACCUGAAGGGCCCCAAAGUUGACUUGAAAGACCUUAAGAGGGAAGUGGCCACCCAUGAUGUGGAUGUAUCCCUGCCAAGUGUGGAGGUGGACAGCCAGGUGCCAGGCACCAAGGUGGAGGGUGACAUGUCCCUGGGAGACAAACAAUUAGUUGUGAAAGACAGCAAGUUCAAGAUGCCCAAGUUCAAAAUGCCGUCCUUUGGGGUGUUGGCUCCGAGCAAAGACUUGGGAACCUCUGUGGACUUGCCAGGGCUCAAAGUUGGUGUGGAGUCAUCCCUGCCCUCCCUGGAAGUAGAGAUCCCUCCUGCCAAGGGGAGCAUCACAGUGCCAUCUGCUGACAUCACCCUACCUGGAGCUGAGCAGGACAUGUCUCUCCCAGAGGUGGAGGUAGCAGCUGGAGAGCUAAAGGGCAAAUCUGAAGGGGCUACAAUCAAAGGGCACAUGCCCAAGGCCCCAAUGCCUGACAUCAAGAUGUCCAAGGUUGACCUGAAGGGCACCAAGGUGGACAUCAGCCUCCCCGGGGCAGAAGCCCCACUGCCCAAGGUCAGGGUGGAUGCCCUGGCUCCCAGGGUAUCCCUGGAGGGCAUGAAGUUGGAGGGAGACGUAAAGCUGGGAGACGAGGAAGUCAAGACCAAGGACAGCAAGUUCAAAAUGCCCUCCUUCAAGAUGCCAUCCUUUGGCAUAUCUGCGUCAAGCAAGUCCAUCGAAGCAUCAGUGGAUGUGUCUCUGCCAGAGGCACAGGUGGACGUGUCCCUUCCUUCCUUCGAGGGAGAAGUCAAGACUGGUGAUGUCAGCAUUCAACUCUCAUCUGCUGAAGUGGAAGUGAAGGGUGGUGAGGUGGAUGUGAAUCUCCCCAAGGGCCAGCUGCCAAAGGGAGAGCUCAAAGGACAGGCCAUGGGAGAAGAAUUCAAAGGGCACCUGCCUAAGUUCCAGAUGCCCAGCGUUGAGAUGACUAAAGUGGACUUCGUGGCCACGCAGGUGGCCCUGAAAGGCUCCACGGUGGAUAUAAAAGACCUUAAGGGGGAGAAGGCCACCCCAGACAUGGAGGUGUCUCUGCCCAGUGUCGAGUUGGACAUCCAGACACAAGAUACCAUGGUGGAGGGUGAUGUGUCCCGGGGAGACAAGGACAUGGUGGUCAAGGAUGGUAGGUUCCAAACGCCACGACACCUGAGCAUGGCUUCAUUUGGGAAGUCAUCCAGCAGGGUUUCCAUGGGCUCGUCUGAGGUUGCAGGAAGUGUCAAAUGUCCCGAGUUGACAGUCUCCACAGCCACCAUGGACCUGGGUCUCAGUACCUCUGGUCCUGAUGUUCCUGAACCCAGUGUGGAUGUGGCCAUGGCACUGCCAGUUGGGAAAGAUGGAGAGAAAAGCAAAGUGAAGAAACCUCACUUCAAAGUGUCCAAAGGCUUCUUUCCGCACUUGAAGUCCUCUAAAGACCAUGUUGCCCUCGACCAGGAUUCUGGGGUACCUCCUCCUCUGCAUGUCUCUGCCACGCCCCCUGAUGUCACAGCUGGUCUGUCCCAGGAGGAGGUUGUGGACAGUGGUGCAUGGUCCCUGCCAGUCCCCAAGGUGGGCUUGGCUGGUUUUCCAUCAGCCAAGCUCGAUCUCCAUGUUCCGCGUGAGGAAUCCUCCGUCCUCCCUUCCAGCCAGGGCAUCACCCUAACAAAGUAUCAGGUGAUGCUCCCUGUGGCCACUGUGCAUGCUGAGCUUCCUCUGGAUACAAUUCCUGUGUCACAUACCGACACACCCCUCCUCAGCCAUGAAGGCUUAGUUGAGCUGCAGCCCCAUGACAGAGCCCCAGAGUCCUUGACAGAAACUCUCCCAGGCCCUGGGGGCCCCCUGGCUCCUGCCACCUACGGAAGGGUGACUUUUCCUAAAUUCCAUAAACCAAAGUUUGGGUUUUCAGUCCUCACAGCAGCUGUUCCUGAGGGCGGGUGCUCUGUAGCUGAGAAAAUCGAGGCGUCCCCACUGCCCUGCACUGUUCUUCCAUCAGCUGAUACCCCCGUCUGCAUGGGGCUGGAGGGCCACUCUGGCUCUGAUGACACAGCAGCUGUGGUGCUGGGAGAAGCACCCCCUGAUGACACUGAGCAUGAAGGAAAGGGGAGUUCCUUCAAAACGCCCAGGUUCAAGCUACCGUCACUACGCUGGUCUCCCAAGAAGGAGGCAGGGCUGCAAGGAGACCCCGAGUGCAGCUCUGCAGACGCAGAGCUCGGCCUGAGUUUAGACCUGGAUCAGCCUGGCGACUCGACUGGGAUUCACGUGCCACAGGUGGAAGUGGAUGCAGAUCUGCCCCCCGAGAAAGACAGCCUGAAGGGGAGGAUGAGAAAGUCGAGCUUUGCCAUGCCAAAGCUCCCGUUCUCCAAGGGAAAGGGUGCAAAGGGUGGGCCCAGCGCGCGCCAGGAGGAGUUCCAGCCUUGUAUUUCUGGCCCCGAGGCAGCCACAGGCAGGACCAUCCACGAUGAGGGUGCGGCUGGCGGGGCCCUGGAUGGAGAGGCCUGGGACCCCACUUUGGGCCUCACCAAACCCAUGCAUGGACCCUCCAAGGCCGUGGUGCAGGUGAGCUGGGUGGAGGCCGCCACUCCUCUUCCUGAGCAUGACCCAUCUCUUCAGGAGAGCAGUGUGGGGCUCAAGGACAGCCAAGCGCAUUCACCCCAUGGGGAAGGCAUGGCCCCCACAAUGGGACAGGCGCUCCCGCCACCCAGUGCACCACCGGGCGCCGACACCUGCAGAGUGGAGAGUCUCAAGGGGGACACUGAGGCCACUGGGGUGCCAGUGGGCUCGAAAGAUGGCUGGUUCAGAGUGCCCAAGUUCCACUUGCCUGGCUUCCAACGCACGUCCACCAAGAAGGGUGAGACAACAGCAGCCGAGGCUCAGGGCCCCGGACCUCAAGGUGGGGACACAACAGCUGGAGUGCAGACUCAGGGGGCCCAUGUCCAUGGGUUGACAGUGGAGACAGCUGUGUCCCCAAAGCCCGCAGAUGCCGAGGUAGAUGGGAUGGCCUCCAAGACCGAGUUGUACGCAAAUGUCCUGAAACACAAUAUCCAGGGCCCAGGCUUGAAUCUGUCCCUCCCCACUGCCGGAGCAGCUGAGGCUGAUCUCUCUGCUCCUGAGGCCAGGGUCCAUCCUGGUGAAGGUUCCCUUCCCCUCCAGAAGCCUGGUGGGAGACUGCCAGAGGGUCAGGCUCCCCCAGGGGAGACAGGCGAGACUGCUCCUCCAGGACCUGAAGGCCAGAGCCCUACCAGUGUGAAAGAACGAGCAGAAAUCCAGCUUGCCCACGCUGAAGGGCCUUUGAAACUGAAGACUUCGCAGACUGAGAUGCCGGCCCAGGUUUCCAUCAUUCAGAUGGACCGGCUCUGGGAGGAUUCCGUGGUCACCGUCAUGUUUCCCAAGUUGAAGGCACCGCGGUUUGCUUUCCGUGUCCCCAGCACAGACGCUGACAUCUUCGUCCCCUCUGUGAGAGAAGUACCAUGCCUGGGGACAGGCACUGAGGGGGCCUUGCAAGGAGAAAGCCUUGAUGCGUGGAGCGCCAGCAUCCUGAGGGCUGGCCCCAGGGUCCCCACAGAGCAGCCUGGAGAUGAAACUCACUCCUUAGAAGCAUCCCCCAUCUCCAGGGUUAGGGUGCACACACAGGGUGCUCAGGUAGAAGGCCAGGCAUUUACCGCGCACAGCAGGGUGACGCCAGCAUCCACUGAGUGGUCAGAGCCCGAGGACUUCUCUGCUCAGAUUGUGCGGGAGUCAAAGGUCCCCGCAUCUGAGAUCCAAACACCUUCUUACGGAUUUUCCUUGCUAAAGGCGAAAAUCCCAGAGCCCCAUACACAGGCUAGAGUGCACGUGACCAUUCACGGCUCUCAGGUGGGAGAGGGCUCAGAAGAGGCCUCCAAGCAAGCCACCCCGGACGUGGACCCUGUUUCUGCAGACCUGCAGCCCGACACUGGAGAACCAUUUGAGAUCAUCUCUUCCAGUGUCAGUGUGCUGAGACUGCAAGCACGCCUGUCCGAAGCUCACGUCAGCCAGCAGGGUGCCGACAGCUGUUCCGAUGAGGAGCCAGCGGAAAUUCUCGAGUUCCCAUCUGAGGACAGCCCAGAGGUGGCCGCCCAGUUGGCAGAUGAAGAAGGGGGCCAAGAGGAGAAGUCAGCGAGUAAAAAGCCUUCUGGUCUGUUCCGGUUUUGGCUUCCGAACAUUGGGUUUUCUUCUUCCGCCGAUGAGAAGAGUUCCGAUCCCAAAGAUGAUGUCCAAAGACCUCCCAUUCCAACGCAGCCUGAGGCGCCACCAGGGGCAGAGCUGCCUGAAAAACAGGAGAAGGAGGGCUGGUUUCGAUUUCCCAGAUUAGGCUUCUCCUCUUCUCCUACCAAGAAGAGUAAAAGUGCCAAAGACGAAGCAGAGCAUGCAGACCAAAGUCUCCAGGAAGAGGGAGUGGACUUUUUUGAUGCACGUGAAAGCUUCUCCCCUGAAGACAAGGAAGAAGGUGGGCUGGCAGAGGCCUCGCAUGCCAGAGGGAGCUGAAGCCUGCAGCAAGAACGGAGCCGAUCCCACCGGAGCGGGAGGAAGAAGCCAGCGGUGAGUCUGCUCCCAGGCCUGCCACCAAGUGAGGGCCCAGCGGUGGGAUUCUUAGCUGAAGGCAGCCGCAGAAGAAGCCCGAAAACAGCUUGUGCACCUGUAUGGCACACCCCACCCUGACAACACUUCCCUUCUGCCUCCGUUCAUAGGACUAAGAACGGAGGAGAAAUGAUGAGAACGUCGGUGGAACCAUCACAUUGUCCUCCUGAAAUGGGACCCCAAAUGUACCUAGCUCCCCAAAAGCCUUGCAAGCAAGGGAGGCGCUCUGACUCCCCACAAGACUCCAGAGUCCACAGUGUAAUGUUGCUCUUGGAAGCACAGCUGGGGAAGAGGUCUUUGCUAAAUAAAGUCCAAAAGACAUGCCCACACUUCCAUGAGAGUUUGAUGCCUGUUCCUUUGUGGGAAGGUUUGUAAUGGUGUGGGUGUAGAUGUGGUUUGGGGUGUAAUCCGCCCUGCCGCUUCCUGGUGAACACAGUUUCGUUAUUUCAGGAGAUCCCUUUGCCUCCUCAUUUACAUGAUCUAAUUCCUUUGUUGAAUGUCCUUGCUGAGGCAGGCUUGGUGAUGAUCUGUGUGGUGGUGCACAUGUGUGGGGCAGCCGGGUGACAGACCUAGUGACACUGGGCUGUCCUGAGGUGCCGCCAGGGUCUGGGAGUGACUCUUCUCUCUGGAGGCACAGCCCACCCUGCAGC